CUCGUGCCUUAACCAACCAGUAUAAGGGAAGCAGCUGUGAGGAUCUGCUCGUACAGUUACCUUCCAGUACAGUUAUGGCAGGCAUCAGUAAAACUGAAAAGGUUCAGCUGCACGCACCAGAUUUAGAGGAACUGCGUUAUGUAUUGCAGUCAGGACUGCAGGACAACUUUGCUGAAGUUCAGGUGAGUGUUGUGGAGUGCCCGGAUCUCACCAAAGAGCCCUUCCAGUUUCCUGUCAAAGGCUUGUGUGGAAAUCCUCGCAUCACUGAUGUUGGGGGCGUGCCAUACCUGAUCCCCUUGGUUCAAAGGCACAAGGAAUACGACAUGAACGCCAUAUCAAAAGAGCUGGAGCUGCCAGGAGCCUUCAUCCUCGGUGCUGCGGGUGCUCCCUCCAGAAUUCUUGGAAUGAAUGCAGAGCUGAUGCCUCUGGUUCUGACCGAAGCGGAGGGAAGGCCUGCGGUGAACAGCAGCUACUUCUCCUCCAUCAAUCCCGCCGAUGGCCAGUGUCUGCAAGAAAAAUACAGUGACAAAUACAGCGACUGCAGCUUCGGGCUGCUGGGCAAUCUGUACGCUUGUGAAGGGAAGUCUGGGAAGGUCAUAGAGGUGCGAGCCAAGAAGAGAACAGGAAGCCACAGUCUUGUGACGGCUUUGAGGAAAACUCUCGAGGGUCACUACCCUGAUAAAAACCUGGCUCUGGGAGGCACCUUCAUCAUCCAGAAAGGGAAAGCAAAAAUCCACAUCAUGCCGAGAGAGUUCUCAAUGUGCCCCCUCAACACUAAUGAUGACGUCAACAGCUGGCUCAAGCACUUCGAGGUCAGCGCCCCGCUCAUCUGCCAGUCGGUGCUGGUAUCCAGAGACCCUGGUUUAGACCUGCGCGUGGAGCACACCCACUGCUUCAGCCACCACGGAGAAGGUGGCCACUACUACAUAGACACCACACCUGACACUGUGGAGUACCUGGGCUACUUCAUGCCUGCACAGUUUGUCUACCGCAUCGACAGGCCCAAGGAGACCCAUGGAGUCGGAAGAGAUUGAAAAAUGAAUGAAUAAAUCAAGCUUGUAGCGCAGCAUCUCCUGAUCAUCUAACUGAAUCGAGCAGCGUGUGAUUUAUAUUAGAUUCUUUGUAUUAUAAAACCCCACAGAAACAUCUUUUCUUUCGUUCAAAUCAUUUCUGUGAAUCUUUGCUAUUGAAUUACAUUUCUGAAAAUAAAUCAACAUUUCUUAUAAACAAA